AUGCAGGCUCACAAUGGGGCGGACCCUUUAACCUCAGUGAGCCUCAACCACCUCUGGCAAAUGAACUGGCCGUCUCUGUCCCGGGCUCGGGAAGCUGCCAUGUGCCCGGCCUGGCUGGCCCUCACCCUCCUGUCUGUGCUGAGCCUGUGCACCCAGGCCUUCAACAGCCGGCUUGCCAAGUGCCUUGAGGACCCCCAGUAUGAAAAGCUGGUGCGGCUGGCCCAAGACGGGCUGGGGCAGACGGCGGAAAAGAAACACGUAGUAGUGAUUGGAGCAGGCAUGGCCGGGCUCACCGCUGCCAAGACCCUGCAGGACGCCGGCCACCAGGUGACUGUCCUGGAGGCCUCAGGACGUGUGGGUGGCAGAAUAGAGACCCACAGAGUGCCCGGAGCACAGUGGUAUGUGGAACUGGGCGCCAUGAGGAUACCCACCAGCCACAGGCUCUCUCGCGAGCUCAUCAGGAAGUUUGGGCUAAAGCUCAAUGAGUUCCGUGCCUCCCACAACCAGACUUGGGUGCUAGUCAACGGAGUGCGGCAGCGCAUGGGGGACGUGCAGGCCAACCCCAGCCUGCUGGGCUACCCAGUCAGGGCAGAAGAGGAGGGGAAGACAGCAGAACAGCUCUUCGAAGAAUCACUGAGGAAGAUGGUGGAGGAGCUGGAAAGCAAGAGCUGCAGCCAGGUGCUGGAGAAAUAUGACUCCUUCUCCACCAAGGAAUACCUGAUCAAGGUGGGAAACCUGAGCCUCGGGGCCGUGCAGAUGAUCGGCGACCUGCUGAAUGCAGAUGCUGGCUACUACCUGGCCUUCUUGGAGACCCUGCGUGACUUUGUCUCCUUCCAGGAGCCCCGGUUAGAUGAAAUCACUGGGGGCUUUGACCUGCUCCCCCAGGCCAUGCAUGCUGCCCUCUUGCCUGGGACGGUCCAGCUCCACUCGCCCGCAGAGCUGGUGGAGUCCUUCGGAGACCAAGUCCACAUCACCUACCGAACACCUGACCCCCUGCGACCCAGGGCACGUCUGACUGCUGAUUACGUGAUUGUGGCCAUCACAGCCAAGGCUGUCCGGCUCCUCCGUUUCCAGCCCCCUCUCUCUCGAGGCAAGGAGGAUGCGCUGCGAUCCAUUCACUACAGCAGUGCCACCAAAGUGAUCCUGGCCUGCACGCAACGUUUCUGGGAGCGCGAAGGCAUCUUUGGGGGCAAGUCCAGCACUGACCGGCCUUCCCGCUUUAUCUUCUACCCCAGCCACAUCUUCCCCAAUGGCACAGGGGUCAUCCUGGCCUCCUAUACUGUGGACGAUGACUCCUCUUUCUUUGAUGCCAUGGACCUCACCCAGGCAGUCGAUGUCGUCCUGGACGACCUGGCUGCAGUCCAUGACCUCCCCAAGGAGAAGCUGCGGGCCCUGUGCCCCUACUCCGCCAUCAAGCACUGGAGCCAGGACCCCCACUCCAUGGGCGGCUUCGCCUUCUUCACUCCCUACCAGUAUGUGGACUAUGCCCAGGAGCUCUGCAGGCCAGAGAGGCGGGUCCACUUUGCCGGUGAGCACACGGCCCUGCCCCAUGGCUGGAUUGACACGGCCAUCAAAUCAGGGCUCAGGGCCGCGCAGAGCAUCCAACAGGCUGUGGGCUUGGCUUUGACAAAGGGCCGCAGUGACCCAAAAAAAACUCACUCCAAAAUGGAGCGAUAG